GAACUUCUUGUAAAGUAGCGUUGGGGUGCCUUCAUCCAAAUAUGACGGCAUGAAGGGCAUUUCUGAUGUAUGAGAGAGGAAAAUUGCAGUUCUGCGUCGGCUGCGGAAAUGGCAAAAUAAUAGCCAACAGCUAAGGGGCACAUGUAAUAAAAUAUGCUUGGGAAUUGGAAGACUGUGGUGGGCUGUUCUGACAUUGUCCUCCAAAGAGCUGCUCUUCAAGUAUUCCUUGUUUUCUCUUGGUCUGAAGCUGACGGGAGUGGCAUCGCGGUGAAGCGCAGCCUUGUUGAAAGUCUGGAUAAGAAGCUGGAGGUUGAUGAAGCACCAAAGAAUACUCCAGCGACACCAGAGAAGGCUGCUAAAUCUAUGGCAGAAAUCCACGUGGAAACACUGGAGGAAAUCCGCCAGGAGAAAGCGAAUCGACAAGGCGGAACUCCAGCUCGGCUCCCGGCUGCAGGGCAGUGUGACACGGAAGAGCAAGGCAGAGAGACAAGACCUUCCCAGGCAGUUUGCAUCUCAGCUUUCUCCCAAGCCCAGCCUCUAAGAAAACGUAGGCAGUCAGAAGAAGGGAAGCCAAAUGCAGAUGAGUUGCCUACCAAGAGAAGGCUUCUGGGUGAAAACAAGAUACAGAGCAUCCUCACUCCAUCUGUUGCUGGCCAAGUGAAGUUGGAAGAGCCAGUGCAAAAAGUCAAGCCUUUAGAAGAAAUCCAUAUUAAAACCCUGGAAGAAAUCAGGAGGGAGAAAGCUCUGCAGAUUCAACAGAGGGACGAAAGCGUGCCAGCUCCUCCAGCACCACCUGCACCUGCCCCAGCACGGAGGAGAUUGAUCAGGAUCCCAAAGCUAAGAGCACCUGCAAAAGAAGAAAUGACACACGUGGAAUCCAGCACAUCUGUUCCUGAAGCUGUCUGUGCACCUGCACGGAAGCGCAAGGCAGCUGAGAUGGGUCGCUGUGCUGUGAGUGCCACCGCUGAUGGCACGGAGGAGCCUCCAGCUAAACGUGCAGCUGUGGCUGCUGCUCCAGCCCGGCCAGAGGACACAGUGGUGACCACACCUGCAGCAGGCACACUCCCAGACAGUCCUGGCCUGCAUCUGGGAUGCUGGGCAGAGUCAGUGUCACAGUCAGAAGGCUCGAGCUCCGCUUCAGCCUCUCCUGAAGUUACAGCAAGGACACAGCAGCUGUGCUCCAGCGCGGCCGGGAAAGCGCCCUUCUCUGCAGAGGAUGACUUGGAGAAGCUCAUGCUGGAGCUCUCAGGAGGAGAUCGGGAAGGCGUGGUGGAUUUGGAGCCAGGGGCGGAUGUGGAUGAACUCCUUCGGGAGCUCUCUGACACGCCUCUGGGAUGCUGGGCAGAGCCUGUGGCACAGUCAGAGGACUCGAGCUCCGCUUCAGCUUCUCCACAAACGGCGGCAAAGACACAGCAGCCGUGCUCCACCGCGGCCGGGAAAGCGCUCUUCUCUGCAGAGGAUGACUUGGAGAAGCUCAUGCUGGAGCUCUCAGGCGGAGAUCUGGAACAAGCAGUGGAUUCAGAGCCUGAGAAGGAUGUGGAUGAACUCCUUCAAGAACUCUCUGACAUGAUUGAGAGCGUAACCGAAUAG